AUGGCAUUGCUCUUCCCCAAUUUCGUGAUUUCCACAGACACCUCAGAGGAUUGCUUGCUCUCCUGGGGAGCACUGCUCAAGAACUGCCGGGAUCUGUCACAGGGGAGGCAAAUCCACGCCCGCAUUGCGCAGAGCGAGCACCGCCGCAACAAAUACCUCGCGAAUCUGCUUGUCCAGAUGUAUGGCAAAUGCGGCAGCGUCGAUGACGCCCGCGCAAUCUUCGAAUCCAUAGAGAAUCCUAAGCUCUUCUCCUCCAACAUCAUGAUCCAGGCCUACGCACAGGCGAAAGAUCUAGAUCGAGCGCGCAGAACGUUCGAUGGGAUGCUCCGGCGAGAUGCCUCGACGUGGAACUCGAUCGUCACGGCAUAUGCCGAAAAUGGGCAUCUUGAUAAAGCGCGAGAGAUUUUCGAAUUGGCUCCAGAGAAGAACGAGAUCUCUUGGAAUGUGAUGAUCACGCUUUGCAUCCGCAGUGGAAAUAUAGCUUCUGCCAAGGAUUGGUUUGAUCGGAUGCCCGUGAAGACGAUCGUCGCGCAGACUGCCCUCGUCACAGCAUUUUCCAGGAAAGGGCAUGUGGAAGAAGCCGAGGCUUUGUUUGAGAACAUAAAGGAGGAGCGCGAUGUAGUGGCGUGGACGGCCAUGAUCCAAGCUUAUGUCGCGAAUGGGGAUCUCGAGAAGGCCAAGGCUUUGUUUACGCGAAUGCCCGAAAGGAAUGUUGUGACGUGGUCGUCUAUGAUACAAGGCCAUGUCCAAGACGGGCAAAUGGAGGAGGCCAGAUACCUCUUCGAAAAGAUGCCGCAGAGGACGGUGGUGUCUUGGACGACCAUGGUGGGGGGAUAUUCACAAAGAGGUAAUAUUCGUGAGGCCGAGAAUCUCUUUGACAAAAUGCCCAACAAGGAUGUCGUGGCCUGGAACUGUAUGAUCACUGCUUAUGGCCAAAAUAGCGAUCCUGACGCUGCUAGAAACGUGUUCGAGAUGAUGCCUCGGCCGAGAAACAUCGUGUCUUAUAACGCUUUGAUCUCGGCUUACAUCCAAAACAAUUACCUCAAGGAAGCGAGAGCACUGUUUGAAGGGAUGGAGGAGCGAGACGUUGUGUCUUGGAAUCUCCUCUUGAAUGGGUAUGCCCAGAGAGGUUAUGUUGAGGAAUCCAAGAGCAUCUUCGAUCGGAUGAGUGAGAGGGAUAGAGAUGUAGCGACAUACAACUGUAUGAUUGACGCAUAUGCCCAACAAGGGUAUCUUGUGAAUGCCAAGGAGUUGUUUGAUACCAUGCCAGAGCGAGACUUGAUAUCCUGGAACACGAUCGAGAAGGCCUUUGCUAGCAACGGACAUGUAUACGAAGCCAAGUUGAUACUCUAUGGGAUGCCCAAGCAGGACAUAGUUUCAUGGACGUCCAUGGUGGCGGCAUAUGCCCAGCGAGGCCAUAUGGUUGAAGCGCGGAAGUUCUUCAGCACAAUGCCCCAAAGGGACUUGGUAUCGUGGAAUGCGAUUGUUGCAGCGCAUGCCCAGUGCGGACACAGCGCUAGGGCCAUGGAGCUUUUCAAAUGCAUGGCCGUGGAGGGCAUCAGCUCCAACGACAUUGCGUUCAUGAGCAUUCUCGCUGCUUGCAGCCACGUUGGGAAGCUGGAGCAAGGCUGGAGCCUGUUCGUGUCGAUGCAAAACGACUUUGGAUUGAACCCAUCACGGGUUCACUACUCGUGCAUGGUAGACAUCCUCGCGCGCUCCGGGAAGCUGGAAGCUGCCGAGGAGCUCAUCGCCACCAUGCCGUUUGUGCCGGAUCUCGUGGCCUGGGACACGCUUCUUGCUGCUUGCAAAGUCCAGAGGGAUGCCCGAGGAGCGGCCCAGGCAGCCGAGGUUGCCACGGACUUGUCCGAGGAGAGCUCGGCUCCAUACGUGCUCAUCUCUGAUAUCCAACGAAACACUUCGCUACAUUAG